AUGUCCCAACAUAAUUCUUCAACAACUAGCAAAGAAAAAUCUAUAAAUUAUCUUCAAGAAAAAGCCAGAGUCACCCCAGCGAUGAAGGCCUAUUACGCAAAUGAAGAUAAUUCUGCCGUAGAAGAUCAACAUACCAGUAGCCUACUUCCGUUCAGAAAAAUGAAACUUUCAAAUUUAAUUAAUCAGCUAAAAGCAGACAAACGCUUGGCCAAGAAUAUUCGGAAAAGAAGAAAAUACCUUACAGUGGAUGGACAUGACUUUUUAGGGUUCAAAAACCAACAGUGCUUAAUUCCCGUGACCGAAUCUACUGAGGAUAAUACUUGGUCUUCUCUCUAUCGCCUUUGGAACCGUGCUAUGGUCACUACGCUAAACUUUAGGCAUAUUCUUUUUGACUUGCGCAAGGACAGAAGAAGACCAGAAAAUUUUUGCAGAUUAAGUGCACGUUCUUUUACUACCCUUAAAAGAAAGAAAAAGCUCUAG